AUUAUCUUUUUGUGUAUUCCUUGCCCAUCCACUUCACGCUCCAUUCAUAGCAGGGACAAAAAUUGAGUUUAGAUCACUACCAUUUGCUGGUGUACUAUCAAUUUUUUUGAUUAUCAUAAUCAGUGAUCAUUAAGUCACGUGAAUUCAAAACUCUUAUUCCCACCAGUCAACAUGUCGAUAUCAAGAUUUACUGGAAUUGAAUUGGGACCUCCCAUUGAGGUUUUUGCCCUCCAAAAAGCUUUUACUGAUGAUCAGUUUGAAAAUAAAGUUAGCCUUGCCAUGGGUGCUUACCGCACCAAUGAAGGCAAGCCAUGGGUUUUACCUGUGGUGAAAAAAGUGGAAAAGUCAAUGGCUGCUGAUGAAUUACAAAAUCACGAAUAUCUUCCAAUCUUGGGUUUAGAUGCUUUUAGCCAACAUGCAACGUCGAUGCUUUUAGGAAAAAAUUCUCCAGCUGUUCUUCAAGGAAGAGCCUUUGGAAUACAAUCACUUUCAGGCACUGGUUCCUUACGUGUUGGAGCUGAGUUUCUGUCAAGAAUUUUCCACUAUGAUACAUUCUAUUAUAGUACACCUACAUGGGAAAAUCAUAAAUUAGUAUUUGCGAAUGCUGGAUUUAAAAAAGGAUGUACGUAUCGAUACUGGAACCCAGAAACUCGUGGGGUAAAUAUUGAAGGCAUGUUACAAGAUUUAAGAGAUGCACCGGAAAACUCUGUAAUCAUUCUCCAUGCUUGUGCUCAUAAUCCCACUGGAUGUGAUCCUACUCCAGAAGAAUGGGGAAAAAUUGCCGACGUCAUCGAACAGAAAAAACUCUUCACAUUUUUUGAUAGCGCUUAUCAAGGCUUUGCAAGUGGAGAUCCAGAUCGUGAUGGAUUUGCCCCCCGACUCUUCGCAGAACGUGGAAUGGAAUUUUUCUGUGCUCAGAGUUUCGCUAAAAACUUUGGCCUCUAUAAUGAGCGUGUUGGCAAUCUUGUUGUUGUUAUGAACGAUACGAAAGAAAUUGCUCAGACUAAAUCUCAAUUGACAUUAAUUGUCAGGGGAAUGUAUAGCAAUCCACCUAAUCAUGGAGCUAGAAUUGUUGCAACUGUUUUAGGGAAUGAUGAUUUGCAUGAAGAAUGGAAAGACCAUAUUCGUGUAAUGUCAGAAAGAAUUAAAUUAAUGCGAAAAGCUUUGUACGAUAGACUUUUAAAAUUAAGAACACCUGGCACUUGGGAACAUAUCAUUCAACAAAUAGGAAUGUUUUCAUACACUGGUAUAACAGAGAGACAAGUUGAAUAUUUAAAGGACCAUUAUCAUAUCUACAUGCCCCGUAGUGGUCGUAUCAAUAUUUGCGCUUUGACUGACAAAAACAUCGAUUAUGUGGCAAAUGCCAUCCAUGACGCAGUCACACUAUUUCCCGACCCAACAGGCAGUCCCAUGUAAAUCAGGUAUUGAUGUAAAUACCCAAUAAAAUUACCGAAACGUAAUAAAUGAACAAAGCUAAUAUAAAAAAAUAAUUUUAUUAAAUGUGAAAAAUUAACUGAUCGCAUAUGAUACGAUUUGUAACAUGAAUAUUAAAUAGACAAUGAAUCAAAUAGGCGUAAAAGAAGAGAACAAUAAUAACAGUAAUAAUUAAAACUAUUUUAGAAUUGAUUGAAUGUACAUGGAAAAUUCUAACUGUAAUGGUAAAAGUAGAAGAAUUACUUUGGCACAAUAUGUAAAGAGUUUUAAAUAAUAUUGAUGUGAAUUAGUGAUUAAUGUAUUAGAAAAAUGGAAAGGCUUCAUUUAGAGAAAUUGAAGGUAGAAAAACAAAUAAAAAGUACAAAGGUCCAAUUAUCGAUGAAAUAUUAAAAUGUGUGCACAUGCUGUGAUGCAUUCCGUAAUAAACAAUCGCAAUGAUUGCGUUAUUAAUCAUUAUCUAUUAUGAAUGCAAAUUAAUUUUAUAGUUAAAUUAACGUGCCAAAAAGGCGUAACAUUUCAUAGAGCUCGUGAGCUUGAAAUUUCUUUUAUUUAGGAUAAAAUGUCUGACCGAAUAAUUAAUAUCAAUAAAUUCAACAUGAGCUUCUUAGAAAUGAUUGGAUUGUAGAAUACCGUUGUAUAGAUGCAAAUAAUUUAUUAGCAAGAGCAAUAAAAUUAUCAAAAUUUCUUUUCAGUUUAAUUGAAGCGUGUUUUUGGAGUUUAUUCGAUAAAAUAGUUGACAGAUUUAUUCUGGCAUGAAUUUCGAGCAAUAUUACUAGACAAAAUAAGUAUAAAUAAACUCGAAUUAAUUGUUUAUUUACUUAAACAAUCAAACAGAAAAUAUAUAAAUCAAGAACAAAUACUGCCAGAGGGGUAUUUGAACAAUUUACAAGAGUAGAUUAUUGACUAUUUCCAAAAAAAUAUUGAUAAUAAUUAAUUAAUACAUGAAAUCAACGAUAAAAGAUACAAAUGAUUUAUCUAAACGUAUCAAAAAUUUUCACAAUAAAAUAAUUAAAUAUUGGAGUAAACGUAUUAGUUGUAACAUACGUUCAGACUGUUUGAUCUUACGGAUAAAUUUUAAAAUACUCUGACAAUGGGAAGAAAGGUUUAUAUUUUAUAAAAUUCUACACUAAUUAAAAUAUAUUUACACUCGCAAUAAAAUGAUUUAUAUCAUUAAAAAUUUUAAAUAAUUGAUAAAAUGAAAAAAAUUCAUUAUGUGUUAUUUUUGAAGUUGUUUUAAAGAUAAAAAAAAAUGUUAGUAGUUGCAUUUCAGGCAAAAUCAAGCAUUUAUGUAUCGAAUAAUGAACUAUCCUUGUGUAACUGAUGUAUAGACAAUACUAUAAAAUAAUUAAUCGAUAAAAGAACGAAUUGUAAUAAUUGAAAUAUCUUAUGCUCAGAGCAAAACCCUGUAAUAUAUCAACGUAUUGCUGUUUUGUGUUAACAAUAAGAAAAUAAAUAGUUUAAAAAAA